GACAAAUCAAGGAUCUUGGGAGGCUUUCAUUCAGAGAUUCCCGCUCAGUCUCUCUGGUCACUCUUGUCAACAUGGAGACAGCGAGGGCCAGCUCUAGUGGGGCGUCCACUCUUGUCAAUUUGAAAACAGAGGAGUCCAGCUCUACCAAAACAUCAACAGAGCCUGAGCGACGCCUUCACGAGUAUGUACAUGAUAUAGUGUGACAUCUCCGGCGACUAAACCUAAGGCGACAGACUCCUUUCUCGCGAUAUGGUCGACCUCUAUGUCGGAGAGAAAAACACGCAUUGGGUUCUGCACCAUAAGCUUCUGUGCUAUCGUUCCCGUCACUUUCGCAACCUCCUGUACGACCAGAAGAAGGGAAGCAACAAGAGUGACAUCCUCGGACUCUCGGAAGUAGAUGACACUGCGUUCGAACUCUUCGUCGGCUGGCUCUACUCCGAGAAGAUCCUGUCGCCUAAAACAGAGGAUGAGCUCACUUCCUUGUUCAACUUAUAUCUGAUGGGCGAGGAAUGGGAUAUUAAGAAACUUGUGCUCGAGAGUCUAGCUGUUGUGCGCAACUGGUACCGCGAUACCGAUACCAUGCCAACUCUGCGUCGCGUGCAGUACGUGUACAAGAAUACCGUGGGUGAGUCGCCCAUGCGAAAAUUGCUCGUUUCGCUGGUUGCACGGAUGUUGGUGCUCGGAAGCGACUUCCCGAAGCACUGGAAAAAUGCACUGCAGAGCGAUGGCCAGCUGGCGGUGGAUAUUAUCGAAUGCUUGCAGAAUUGGCGUCUCGGACCGGACAAGGUACCGGAUCCGAGAGAGGAGAACGUACUCCCUGUCGUCGAAGGACUGAAGGAGAAGGUCAAUAUCAAAGUCGAAGACGAAGAAGAAGAAGAUUUUCAGCUGGACUGGUCGCGAGGUCGUCUGGGCCCAGACAGCGACACGGACUGAAACUGCCAGGCCUAGGGUCAUCCGCGGUUGGUGCUCCCAUUCAGGACCCAUCGCCAAGCUCGACUUUCAAUAUUAGGACGAAAGCAUGACGAAUAGGGCGC